AUCAUUGAAUAGAAAUAUAUCCUAAUAAUCUUGUUGGUUUUCAAGCAGACAAUUCGAUCAAAAGUGAACAAAUGCUCGAUAUCCAUUAUCGAGAUCGUAUAAUCUGACUGUCUUUAGUUGUGCGAGAAUGCAAGGGAGAGGGCAACUGGGUGGCGUAAGGUUCUCAGAACCAGAGUGCGUUCAAAACUGUCGAGGCUAUCUACUGAGGGAAAUCCGUACAGUGAGAGGCGAACAUGGAGGCCUUGUGUGCCACGGGCCACGAUGGGAGGCGUCGAAACCGGAAGUAGUCUAUCGAGGACGGGAGUUGCUGUGGCAACCGCGAUUUGCUUUAACCCCUGGUCGAUCAUCGGUCUUCCGCGUCAUUCGAAAGUGUUCUAUUAUUCGGGAUCACUGCAUCCUCUCUUGCACAGCCUCCUCGAGUCGAACCAAGGUUCCGCAGACUUGUACCUAUGCAUUGUGUUUGUGCCAGCGAUGAGCAGCUAACCAACGAGAGAGAAUGUGAUAGAUACGCGUGUACAGCUGAGCCGAGUGGUGCCGAAUAUACCCGAAGUGGCCCGGUGACGGACGACCGAAUCCGAAAUCUUAUGACGCGUUGCAGCGUGUUACAACGUUGCGUUGCGCUAUAGCAGGGCCGUCUCGAGUAUGCUGCCAACGAUCUUAGCGAGCCAAUUAUUUAAUUUUGUGUUGUUGCUGUUGCUUGUAAUAUAUAUAUAUAUAUAAAUAUAGUUGAAAUUUUUCAUAAUUGGAUAUUGUUGACUCUCUUAUUAUCAAGAUUAUUCUCGAAUAAAAAAAGUAAUUGAGUUAAGAAGCAAAAAAGUUAUCAAAGAGUGGAUAUUGUGUGCGAUUAAUACGAAUUGUAUUUUUAUAUCGAUUGAUUUGAAUGCAAUCGUUCAACGAUUACUUAUUCUUUAUAUUGCACAUGCGUCAAGAACGGAUCAAUCACGUAAUAAACGCGUUAAAUUCGAAGAAAUUAAUCUAAACCAUUCUUAAUUCUUUAUACCUUUUUGUUUGUGAGAUGAUUCUAAAAUGUUCAGUAUACUUUCACUCGCUUUUUAAAUCAAGAAUAGAAGUCGAUCCUAUAUCUUCGAAAGUUCGUUAAAUACAGCAAAAAUUAAUUAUAUCAAUUACUAUAUAUAGAGAUAUCAAAUGGUCGAUUGAAUCGAAUUGAUGAGAAUAGUUAAUAAAAUUUGAUUCAUGAGAAUGACUCAUUUAUACUGAUCGCUGGAGGUCGUGAAGGGCGACAGAGUUCCUUGAUCCAACACUGUGCAUGUGUGUGUGCCAUAUGUAAUGGGCUCAAGAUACCUUCAGUUGCUUCGAUAUAAGCAAUUAUUAGCUCGUUUCAAAUAUUAUUUAUUUAAAAUUUUUAAUAAAUCUUACAUUAUUUAAUUGUCUCAAUUAAAUUUUUCAAAUUACUUAAUUUCUGAAAGCAAUAUUUAUUUGUAGUUCUGAAUAUAUACAAAAUAUAUAUUCAAUUAUUAUUAUAUAUUAUUAUUAAUUAAUUAUUCUCUAUGUUAUGAUUAGAGUCUUAUAUUCCAUUAUAAGAAAGUACCGAUUUAUUCUGAAAAAUAUAAUCCUCAUCUAAUAUUCUAUGUCUAAUAUUUUAUAAUUAUUUGAAAAUAGUGUAUAUCAUAUAAUAUAAACAAUUAUUAAGUUAUUUUAUCCAUAAAAUAGUUUAAAAAUUUGCAAGAACGAAACGGCAUCAGUGGCAUGGUGUGUAUUUGUGCACGAUGUGUGGGUCUGCGUUGUGUUGUAGGAAUGCUGUCGGCAGCCGGCAGCAGGGUCGCCCACUGUUACUCGUCGAGACUCGCUUUUGCUGCCUCUUUGCCCUUCCUGCGCUGGUUGGCUUGCUCGUUCACUCGCUCGUUCGUUCGAUUCCAUUUUAAAACU